AUGGAAGAGAAGCAGAUCCUGUGCGUGGGGCUAGUGGUGCUGGACAUCAUCAAUGUGGUGGACAAGUACCCAGAGGAGGACGCAGACAGCAGGUGCCUGUCUCAGAGAUGGCAGCGUGGUGGCAAUGCAUCCAACUCCUGCACCGUUCUCUCCCUACUGGGGGCCCCCUGUGCCUUUAUGGGCUCGCUGGCCCCUGGCCACGUUGCCGAUUACCUAGUGGCUGACUUCAGGCGGAGGGGCGUGGACGUGUCCCAGGUGUCCUGGCAAAGCAAGGGGGAGACCCCCUGCUCAUGCUGCAUCGUCAACAACUCCAGUGGCUCCCGUACCAUUUUGCUCUACGACACGAACCUGCCAGAUGUGUCUGCCAAAGACUUUGAGAAGGUUGAUCUCAAUCGGUUUAAGUGGAUCCACAUUGAGGGUCGGAAUGCAUCUGAGCAGGUGAAGAUGCUGCAGCGGAUAGAGCAGCACAAUGCCACGCAGCCUCGGGAGCAGGAGAUCCGGGUGUCCGUGGAAGUGGAGAAACCCCGAGAGGAGAUAUUCCAGCUGUUUGGCUAUGGAGAAGUGGUGUUUGUGAGCAAAGAUGUGGCCAAGCACUUGGGGUUCCAUUCAGCAGCGGAGGCACUGAGGGGCUUGUACAACCGUGUGAGGAAAGGGGCGACACUUGUCUGUGCCUGGGCUGAGGAGGGCGCCGAUGCCCUGGGCCCCGAUGGGCGGCUGAUGCAUUCGGAUGCUUUCCCUCCACCCCGGGUGGUGGAUACGCUGGGGGCUGGAGACACCUUCAAUGCCGCGGUCAUCUUCAGCCUCUCUCAGGGGAAGAGCAUGCAGGAGGCGCUGAGAUUUGGCUGCCAGGUGGCUGGCAGGAAGUGUGGCCUGCAGGGCUUCGAUGGCAUCGUGUGA